AUGGCGUCCUUCGCGUUCCGCCGCGCCUCGAAGCGCGUGGCGCUCGGCCUGGGCGCGGGCGUCGUCGGCGUGAGUGGCCUCUCGGGCGCCGCCAUCGUGUCGGCCAAGGAGCCGCAGCGCCUCGUGGCGCCCAUCAAGUGCGAGGACGGCUCCACCAUCAUCCCGUACGAGACGCCGUCGCGCGCCGCGCAGCUGGAGCGCCUCAAGAAGGAGCACUUCGACGUGCUGGUGAUCGGCGGCGGCGCCACGGGCUCCGGCUGCGCGCUGGACGCGGCCACGCGCGGCCUCAACACGGCCGUCGUGGAGGCCGCCGACUUCGCGGCCGGCACGUCGGGCCGCUCCACGAAGCUCAUCCACGGCGGCAUCCGCUACCUGGAGACGGCCUUCAUGAAGCUCGACUACGCGGCCUUCAAGCUCGUGAACGAGGCGCUCGAGGAGCGCUCGUUCUUCCUCUCGGCCGCGCCCUACAUGAACCGGCCGCUGCCCAUCAUGAUCCCCAUCUACAAGUGGUGGGAGGUGCCCUACAUGUGGGUGGGCGCCAAGGCCUACGACGUCGUGGCCGGCAGCAAGCGCUUCGUGCCCGGCAGCUACUACAUCAACGCCGAGGAGGCCAUGUUCCAGUUCCCCAUGCUGCGUAAGGAGGGCCUCAAGGGCGCCAUCGUCUACUACGACGGCCAGAUGAACGACACGCGCAUGAACGUGUCCAUCGCGCUCACGGCCACGCAGAACGGCGCUACGGUCGCCAACUACGUCAAGGUCAUGCACCUGCUCAAGGACGACGAGGGCAAGGUGCGCGGCGCCCACGUCAAGGACUCCAUCACCGGCGAGGAGUGGGACGUCAAGGCGCACGCCGUCGUGAACGCCACGGGCCCCUUCACGGACGCGCUGCGUCAGAUGGACGACCCCAAGAAGGAGAAGAUCUGCGUGCCCGCUGCCGGCGUGCACACGGUGCUGCCCGACCACUUCAGCCCCAACCGUAUGGGUCUGAUCGUGCCCAAGACCAGCGACGGCCGCGUCCUGUUCUUCCUGCCGUGGGAGAACGGAACGCUGGCCGGCACGACCGACUCGCAGUCCGAGAUCACGAUGCUGCCGUCCCCCACCAAGGAGGAGGUCGACUUCAUCAUCGACGAGGCCAACCGCUACCUGGCCAAGGACGUCACGCGCAACGACAUCAAGUCGGCCUGGUCGGGCAUCCGUCCGCUCGUGAAGGACCCGCGUCACGCCGACGGCUCGACGGCCAAGAUCUCGCGCGAGCACGUCGUGGAGGUGUCUGAGUCGAACAUGGUGACGAUUGCCGGCGGCAAGUGGACCACGUACCGUCGCAUGGCGCAGGACGCGAUCGACAAGCUCGUGGAGACGGUGCCGGAGAUCAAGGCCAAGGCUUCGCCGUGCAAGACCAAGGAGGUGGGCAUCAUCGGCGCUGACCGCAUCGGCGAGGUGUGCAACAAGAAGUUCGACAAGAUCACCGUGACCCUGCGUGAGAACUUCAACCUGGACAAGGACAUCGCCGAGCACCUGAUGCGCAACUACGGCACGCGCGCUCUGCAGGUCGCCGAGAUCGAGCAGGACGGCUUCCUGGACCGUAAGCGCAGCGACCACCCGCGCCGUCUGCACCCCAAGUACCCGUACCUUGAGGCUGAGGUCGUGUUCGCCGUUCGUCAGGAGUACGCCAUGAAGGCGACGGACAUUCUGGGCCGCCGCAUGCGUCUGGCCUUCAUCGAUAGCGGUGUGGGCAUGGAGCUGGCCCCGCGCGUGGUCCACAUGAUGGGCGAGCUGCUCGGCUGGUCGAAGGCCCGCCGGGACCAGGAGCUGGCCGAGUGCAAGGAGUACCUGGAGACCAUGCACAACUAAGUAUUCUUCAUCGCAGCAGCAGGAGCCGUUCGUUGUUACGGAUACGCAGAGAGCUGUUGAGGCAUCCGCAGCAAGACUACCUAAGCAGUGUUUGUACAGCCGAAUAUGCGUAACACGACGUGUAGAUCAAUAUCUUC